CAUCAAUAAUUAUUUGUUCCUUUUUUUCUAAGAAAAGAAAAGACAACUCAUUUUCCGUAGGUUGACGAGGAGUAGUCAUAAUUGAGUAUUAUUUGGUUCAGGUUUGGUUUGUCAAGGCAUUCGCCGGGAAUCCUUCUCCGACAGUCUCAACCGCCGCCGCCCCGCCGUCAAGCUUAUCCUUCAGUCCUCUCCAAUUGGAUCAUCUCUGUCUAGAGAAAUAUCACGUGUUCUUCUGGUAAUUAAAGGAAAGAUGUCUCGGUAUCUUAUGGAAUUGUAUCAAAAUAAUUUGGAGUAUAGUGGGGAUGUGAUGAGUGCAAUAGUUCCUUUGAUGAAACUUUUGUCCCUCACGGUUAUCGGACUGGUUCUUUCGCACCCGAAAACUCAAUUGAUACCCAGAGCUACUUUUAAGCUCCUCAGCAAGCUUGUUUUCGCCUUGUUCUUGCCCUGUCUAAUCUUUACCGAACUAGGUGAAUCCAUUACACUUGAAAACUUUAUUCAGUGGUGGUUUAUCCCAGUAAAUGUGUUAGUGAGUACGCUUAUUGGUUGCUUCCUCGGGUACUUAGUGGUGAUUAUAUGUCGUCCUCCCCCACAGUUGAACAGAUUUACCAUUAUCAUGACUGCAUUUGGGAAUACUGGAAAUCUCCCACUCGCCAUUGUUGGAUCUGUCUGUCAUACUCCGAAAAACCCAUUUGGACAGCAUUGUCACUCCAGAGGGGUGGCUUAUGUCUCUUUUGCCCAAUGGGUUGCUGUAAUUCUUGUAUAUACCUUUGUUUACCACAUGAUGGAGCCUCCGUUGGAGUACUAUGAGAUUGUUGAAGAAGGGGGUGAGAAGGACGAACCACCAACUAACGAUAUUAGCAGGCCUCUACUUGUAGAAGCUGAAUGGCCGGGUAUUGAAGAAAAAGAAACCGAGCAUUCCAAGACACCCUUUAUUGCUAGAAUUUUCAAAAGCAUCUCAAGUGUUUCACAGACCACUUUGCCAGAUGUUGAUCUCUCAGGAGAAGGUGGCGGAAACAGUCCCAGGUCGAUUAGGUGUUUGGCGGAACCUAGGGUGGUCAGGAGGAUGAGAAUUGUUGCUGAGCAAACUCCAUUACAGCACAUAAUGCAACCCCCAACAAUCGCCUCUUUACUGGCUAUCAUCAUCGGGACAGUACCUGUGUUAAAAGCUUUUUUCUUCGGAGAGGAUGCUCCACUAUCCUUCAUCACAGACAGUUUAGAGAUUUUAGCCGGUGCAAUGGUGCCUUCGGUGAUGCUUAUUCUUGGGGGUAUGCUUGCAGAGGGGCCAAAUGAGUCUACACUCGGCCUCCGGACAACCGUUGGUAUAACUGUGGCAAGGCUUUUACUGCUUCCUCUGGUGGGAAUUGGUAUAGUGGCGUUGGCUGACAAGCUCAAUUUUCUGGUCGAUGACGAUGCAAUGUACAGGUUUGUGCUUUUGAUGCAGUACACGACACCAAGUGCAAUUUUAUUGGGAGCAAUUGCGAGCUUGAGGGGUUACGCAGUCAGCGAGGCUUCGGCACUUCUCUUCUGGCAGCAUGUGUUCGCUCUCUUCUCCCUUUCCUUGUACGUUGUCAUCUACUUUAAAUUAGUAACAUUUGUCUGAGGUUUGAAUAAGAUGUGUUUGUUUUGUGAACAAACAACGAAAGUGGAUUCUUGUGAUCUGCUCUUUCACUUUCUCAUAAGCCAGUGAUGCUUAAUCGUCUAAAGCUUCAUUAAAACCAAAAUCAGAUCUGUAUGUUAUGUUUACUAUGAGCCUAUGAAACUUGUUACACAGAGACAAAGUCAUUAAAAUAUUUAAUUGCAUCGUGAGCUUCUUGUAA